AUGGUAACGACGCUCAGCCCGAAGAUGGCGUCCGAGUGGGUUGGAGGAGUGAGUUCCUCGGGUUCAGGCCCGGGCUCGAGCCGUUGGGGCUGGAGUAGUCCUUUGUGGGUCCGAGGCGUUUUACUCUUGUUGGGCGCUGUGCGGGCCAGCGCUACAUCUCUUCCUGUCUCCUUGGACAGUUCACCUCCCUGCCGGCACCACGUCCCCUCUGACACUGAGGUCAUAAAUAAGGUCCAUCUUAAGGCAAAUCAUGUUGUAAAAAGAGAUAUUAAUGAACAUUUAAGAAUCAAGACUGUCUACGAUAAAAGUAUUGAAGAGUUGCUCCCUGAAAAAAGAUACCUUGUUAAGAACAAACUUUUCCCGCAAGCUAUUUCUUAUUUAGAGAAGACUUUUCAGGUUCGCAGACCUGCAGGCACUAUCUUACUUAGCAGACAAUGUGCAACAAACCAAUACCUACGGAAAGAAAAUGAUCCCCAUAGAUACUGUACUGGAGAAUGUGCACAGCAUACAAAAUGUGGCCCAGUUAUAGUGCCUGAAGAGCACCUCCAGCAAUGCAGGGUCUGCCGUGGGGGUAAGUGGCCCUGUGGAGCCGUGGGUGUGCCUGACCAAGAGGGCAUCCAGGAUGCCGACUUUGUUCUCUAUGUUGGUGCUCUGGCCACUGAGAGGUGCAGCCAUGAAAACAUCAUCUCUUAUGCAGCCUAUUGUCAGCAGGAAGCAAAAAUGGACAGGCCAGUAGCAGGAUAUGCUAAUCUGUGUCCAAAUAUGAUCUCUACCCAGCCUCAGGAGUUUAUUGGAAUGUUGUCCACAGUGAAACAUGAGAUUAUUCAUGCUCUGGGUUUCUCUGCUGGGCUGUUUGCAUUCUACCAUGAUAAAGAUGGAAAUCCUCUGACUUCAAGAUUAGCAGAUGGUCUCCCAUAUUUUAAUUAUAGUCUUGGAUUAUAUCAAUGGAGUGAUAAAGUAGUUCAAAAAGUGGAGAGAUCAUGGGAUGUUCGAGAUAACAAGAUAGUUCCUCACACUGUGUAUCUUCUAGUAACACCUCGUGUUGUUGAUGAAGCACGAAAACAUUUUAACUGUCCAAUUCUGGAGGGAAUGGAACUUGAAAAUCAGGGUGGUAUGGGCACUGAGCUCAAUCAUUGGGAAAAGCGUUUGUUAGAGAAUGAAGCAAUGACUGGUUCUCACACCCAGAACCGAGUCCUCUCUCGAAUCACUCUGGCAUUAAUGGAGGACACUGGCUGGUAUAAAGCUAAUUACAGCAUGGCUGAGAAGUUAGACUGGGGCCGAGGAAUGGGCUGUGACUUUGUCAGGAAGAGCUGUAAAUUCUGGAUUGAUCAGCAGAGAAAAGAGAGGCAGACAUUGAGCCCGUACUGUGACACCCUCAGAAGCAAUCCAUUGCAGUUAACUUGCAGACAGGACCAGAGAGCAGUUGCAGUAUGUAAUUUGCAGAAGUUUCCAAAACCUUUGCCUCAAGAGUACCAGUACUUUGAUGCACUCAAUGGAAUACCCGCAGAAGAUUUGCCUUAUUAUGGUGGUUCAGUAGAAAUUGCUGACUACUGCCCUUUCAGUCAGGAAUUCAGUUGGCAUCUAAGUGGUGAAUAUCAGCGCAGCUCAGACUGUAGAAUAUUGGAAAAUCAACCAGACCUUUUUAAAAACUAUGGUGCUGAAAAGUAUGGACCUCAUUCAGUCUGUCUAAUUCAGAAAUCAGCCUUUGUCAUGGAAAAGUGUGAAAGGAAGCUGAGUUACCCGGACUGGGGGAGUGGGUGUUAUCAGGUUUCUUGUUCUCCACAAGGACUAAAGGUUUGGGUCCAGAACACUUCAUAUUUGUGUAGUCGUGCCGGGCAGGUCCUCUUUGUUAGUACUCAGAUGAACGGCUGGAUUCACGACGGAAACCUGCUCUGCCCUGCAUGCUGGGACUUCUGUGAGCUCUGUCCUCCAGAAACAGACCCUCCAGCUGCUAAUGUGACCCGCGCUCUGCCCCUGGAUCUCUGUUCCCGUUCCUCUAGCCUGGUGGUCACCUUCUGGCUUCUGCUAGGCAAUCUAUUUCCUCUGCUGGCUGGAUUCCUUCUGUGUGUGUGGCACUAGGAAUGGAAAAGAGAAUUCUCAAGGCAUUCCUUUGUGUCGUGUUCCUCUGAACAAAGCACAAAAUCUGGGCAAGUGUCAGCCUAUGCAGAUGGGAGAAGUGGCAUUCCUGACUUUGGCUUGAGGUGUUGACCACAAUCAGACUUGAAGCGGAGCUUUACAGCACUCACUCUCCAUCAGCAUCCCAACAGCCUCGGCGGGAGAAGCGGAAGGAAUUCCAAGUCAUCAAGUCUCUUAUUUUUCAGGAUACAUAACCUUCCUGAAAUUUUCUUUUGAAAAUGGGAUAUUGGUGAAAUUUUCAGAGUAUAUACCUCAGCAUUCUCAUUAACCUAAAAUGAUGAGAAAGUUCAUCAAUACUGCAAUAAUUUAAAGAAUAGCAAGAUUAUAAGUUGUUGAUCCUGUCUCCAGAGGUAUAAAUUGUCCUUUGACUUAGAGAAAAUAAUUCAAUUGAGGUUUCUACAUCACUGUUACACCUGUUUUGAAAUAACGGCUAUAUCUGGUACACUUAAAUCAUUAUUUUCAUUGUUCUAAAAUUCUUUUUUGAAUUAUGUUUUACUAAAUCUUAUGAUUUAGCCGUACUUGCCUUUUUAAAACUAGCUAUGUGGUUCAGUUCACUACUGAAUCAUUAUGUAUUGGUAGCCCUCUUCCAGCUGUAUCUCUUACUCAUUGAUCUUCAUAGCUCAGUUUCCUGUGGUCUUCUCCAUUUGUCUAAAUAAUGACUUGAAAAGCUGUAGAAGCAGAGAAAGAAAAGUAAUGUGCCCUGUAGAAGACAUUGAAGACAUGCAAACAGAAGAAAACAUAAAUAUACUUUUCAGAUAAUAGUUAUGACAACUAUAAUUCUACAGAAAUAGAAAAGAAAUUCUGGUAUAGACAAAUAUGCAUUUGUCUUCACAUGGGCUUAGGAAUUGUUUCAGAAGAACUUCUGUCUGAAAAUUAUUUUAUAUGUAAGAAGAAAAAUAAGUCAAAACAAGAUCGUCUGCAUCGUUUACCAAUAGCAAAGUGUGGGUUUGAUGCACAGCCUAUCCAGUAGCGUCCCCUUUCCCAUAUAACACGUGGCUUAAUUCUCAGAAGUUGAAAGAUAGCGUUUGCUUUCAAAGGAGGUGAUGUCCUCGUGACCUCCUGCUUUUGACACUUCUGUUACCGUGUAGAUUCUGGUCCACAGAAGCACUUCUGCUCUGGAUCUCACCAACCCCACUUUACUAAUUAAAUUCUUUAAUGAUGAAUGAUGCCCAGUUUUUCUCUAAAGGUGGUAAGUCCUGUAGCAUCAUAAACACAUCCCUUAGACAAGCAUUCAUUCAUUCAUUCAUUCAUUCAUUGGUUAGCCCUUUAAUUCAUCAGAUAGUUAUCGAGCACUCUAUAUAUGAAAUUGUGCAAACAAGCAAGUAGCAUAAUUACUAAGGAGUACUUCCAGCUGACUGGCACUGGGGUCAAACAGCAACCCCAGUAUAAAGGAAAGUUGCCUGUUUUAAUGCAUAUAUUUUAACUAUGUAUUUAAGCAUGCAGUUUUGAAUUUAAGGUAUUUAUCAUUGUGAAAAGCUGAGGGUCUGUAGCAUAUCCACCUUCAGCUAAAGAGAGGCUAAGGGUCGAAGGUGUUGGGUCAGUGCUCUAUUCCCUGCCCGUGUCAUGUGUACCUUAAAUUGAGCAAGGUCUGAGAAGAGUAUAGAGUAUAUUUUUAAAGAAAAUUAUAGAAAUCUAGACUUGUAUGCCUAUUGUAAUUAUGAAUCAUCCUGCAAAGUUGUAUAAAGAAUUUCACCAAAAGUACUGUGGAUUAAGGAUACAUUUGAGAUUUACAAUGAUAGGUUUGAUUAUAUUUUUGACUGUUGUGCAGUAAUGCCAUUUAGGUAGUAUUGUUUCUGAGCAUGGUGCUUUUUAUACUUGAAAUAUAUUUUUACUUUAUUUUUUAUUGAUACAAUUAUAUUUGCACUAAUGACUUUCUGGAGAAAAUAUUAUAGAUGACAUUUUUUCUAUAUAUAUUUAUUAAGCUUGGAAUCUGGAAGCCCAGUGUUUUCUCUGCACAAAUAUGAAACUUGAUAAAAUAUAUGUUAACAAAUCUUGAAUUUCUGAGGGUAACUAAAUGUGCUGCUGUCUUCCUUUGUCUUCAAGUCUUAAAAGUGAUUGCUUAUCACUGAUUUUCAUAGUUUACUCAGUGAAGACUUGUAAGAAAUUAUAAGAGGCACAUUUUAGUCACUUAGAUUAGGACAUUAUUCUAAAAAAGGCUUAAAAUCUGAGAUUUCAAUGCAGAAAUAGUGGGCUAGAGUUCAGUUUUGAAUUGAAGAAUUAAAAAUGGCAUAACUGUUAGUAUUCUGUGGCAGGUUAUGCCCUUCAUGUUAGCAAAACCAGUUCACUGAGAAAGAGACUGGGCAGGCUGCAGCUGUGGGAGAAGGGAGGUGGGCAGGGGAGGGCAGUGGGGAGUAGCUGGUUUGGGAAUAGGAGGUUAGAGUCCCUUUCUGACUCAGAAGUGUCAAGUGCUUAUAAAAACUGACUACCUCAGUUUUCAGUUCAGACUUAGGUUUAUUUUGAUAGUGUUAAGGUCCCAAUUGUAUCAAGUGACUUUGUCUCUCAGGUUUUCAAGAACAGAAUUUACCGGAAGGAAGCAAAAGCCAUGUCAGUAGACUUGAGCUGACAGCUUUAAAGAAACUGGCAAGCAGUUAGGAGGUUCCCAUGUAAAUCCCUCCAAUAUUCUCCUGAAAAAUGUCCUUGUCCUUUACUUAUUUCUUAAGGAUAGUUAUUUUUGUUAAGACCAAAUAGACACUCUAAAAAUGUUAUAAAUUAUGCUUAAAAUUAGUUUCAGUCUAAUAAGUUGGCUUAAGAUUUUAUCAAUACUUGAAUAUGAAACAUAAAUUAAGUUUAAAUAGUUUUAGGAAGAUAUAUAAAUAAGUGUACUAGAAUAUUCUAUAAAAUUGAGUAUCGAUAUUCUCUUUAAUAUUAGAAGACUCACUGAUUGAAACCAUCUGUAAAAUGACCAGAUGCUUUGUCAGAAUCUUUCCAGCUCUAGUGUUCUAUGACUGUACUCAUCCAGAAUUGCCAGGUCACUGCUGGCUCCGGUCCACCUCUUCUUGGAGUGUGCUGGCUUCCAUGUCACGGUCAUCACAGUGUCGUGUGCUUCAUGCCUUAGCAGUGCCCAUGUCCUUGGGAGCUGAAUGGAGAGAGAGGAGCCUGGCUCUCAGGGCCUUUGAGCAGUCAUGGCAGGUGGAGGCAGACUUCAGUCACAGCCCCACGGGCCUGUUUUAUAAUGGGCCCCAGCCAUUCGUGCCGGGUCCUUACCGCCCAGGGGACUCACAUUUUAAUAAAGUCUGUGCUGCUCAUUCUGAAGAAAGAACUUACCUGAAGGAUGACUGUGUGUGUGUGUGUGUGUGUGUGUGUGUGUGUGUGUGUGUGUGUGUGUGAGAGAGAGAGAGAGAGAGAGAGAUACAUUUAGUGAGGGUUGGAUAGAGUGGUUAAUUAUUGUCUUUUAUGUUUACAUUUUUAAUAGUAAAAUAGAAGAUUUAAAAACUAAUCUAUUUAUGGUAUUGAACAUUAAGUGUAAUAUAUUCCUUGG